GUGUGCGUCGGUUAUGUGUGUGUGUGUGUGUGUUCCUCGGUCUGUGUUGAUGUCGCCUCGCUGCCACCGACUCUCACGGUGAACCGACGGGAUAAAUAGAAACUAAAGCAGCCCGGUGAUCCGCCGCCGCACGCCGACCUGUCCGCUUCCAUCGGGCCGGAACGAUGAGCCUGCAUCGAGCGGACGAGUUCAAGCCUCCCCCGGAGUGCCCGGUGUUCGAGCCUAGCUGGGAAGAAUUCCGGGACCCGUAUGCUUUUAUCAAUAAGAUCCGGCCGAUCGCGGAGAAAACGGGGAUCUGUAAAGUCCGGCCGCCUCCGGACUGGCAGCCUCCGUUUGCCUGCGACAUCGACAAGCUUCACUUUGUUCCUCGGAUCCAGAGGCUCAAUGAACUGGAGGCACAGACCAGAGUCAAGCUCAACUUUCUGGACCAGAUUGCCAAGUUUUGGGAUUUGCAGGGAUGUACCCUGAAGAUUCCUCACGUGGAGAGGAAGAUCUUGGACUUGUAUCAGCUAAAUAAGCUGGUAGCAGACGAGGGAGGCUUUGACAUCGUUUGUCAGGACCGGCGCUGGACCAAGAUCGCUAUUCAAAUGGGCUUCAGCCCCGGCAAAGCUGUGGGCUCACAUCUGCGAGGGCAUUACGAGAAGAUCCUGUACCCCUACAACCUGUUUCAGAGUGGAACCAACCUGCUGGCACCAGAUCCAGCUUCCAAACUGAUGCGUUUGGAGGCUGAUCCUGACCUUGAACAGUGCGUUCAGAAACUUGUCCAGCCCGUGGAGAGCCCGGACAUCAAGGUGCAGAACCUGGCUCCGAGGCCGCCGGCUCCAGCCCCCGACUCGUCACCCGGUGCUCGUCGAGCUAAACGCAUGAAGUGUGAGGCCGCCUGUGUGAAGACGGAGCCAGGUGAGGUGGGUGACAGCAGGCCUAACCUGAGGCGGAGGAUGGGCUCUUUUGUUGCCAAACCAGAACCAGACAAACUGAUUCCUGUUCCAGUGAAACAGGAACCUGUUGAGUUCAAGGAACCAAUAAUGGAACCGGACAAAUUCAAGCCGCGGUACAAGAUGGUUCCCCCUGUUCCUCCAAGUCCAGUGGACCUAGUUGUGUGUCUGGUGUGCGGCAGUGGAGGCGAUGAAGACCGUCUGUUGCUGUGUGACGGCUGUGAUGACAGCUACCACACCUUUUGUCUGAUCCCCCCGCUGCACGACGUCCCCAGAGGAGACUGGAGGUGCCCCAAGUGUCUGGCUCAGGAAUGCUGCAAACCUCACGAGGCGUUCGGGUUCGAACAGGCUCACAGGGACUACUCGUUACGUGCGUUUGGGCAAAUGGCAGAUGCCUUCAAAUCAGACUACUUCAACAUGCCGGUUCAUAUGGUGCCCAUGGAGCUAGUGGAGAAAGAGUUCUGGCGUCUGGUCGGAGCCAUUGAAGAGGACGUUACUGUAGAAUAUGGAGCCGACAUCGCGUCCAAGGAGUUCGGGAGUGGAUUCCCCAUUCCCAACGGAAAAUUUAAAGUCUCCCCAGCUGAUGAGAAAUACCUGCAAUGUGGCUGGAACCUGAACAACCUGGCCAUGAUGAACCCAUCGGUUCUGACCCACGUCACAGCUGACAUCUGUGGGAUGACGCUGCCGUGGCUCUAUGUUGGCAUGUGCUUCUCCUCCUUCUGCUGGCACAUUGAGGAUCACUGGAGCUACUCCAUCAACUACUUGCACUGGGGGGAACCUAAAACCUGGUACGGAGCUCCUGGCUUUGCAGCAGAGCAGCUGGAGGAGGUGAUGAAGAAGCUGGCCCCAGAGCUGUUUGAGUCUCAGCCUGACCUGCUGCACCAGCUGGUCACCAUCAUGAACCCCAACACCCUGAUGGCUUAUGGAGUCCCUAUCUACAGGACCAACCAGUGUGCAGGGGAGUUUGUCGUCACGUUUCCCAGAGCUUAUCACAGCGGCUUCAAUCAAGGCUUCAACUUCGCUGAGGCGGUCAACUUCUGCACCGUAGACUGGAUGCCUCUUGGCAGGCAGUGUGUGGACCACUACCGUCUGCUGCACCGCUACAACGUGUUCUCCCACGAUGAGAUGGUGUGCAACAUGGCCAGGAAGGCAGCCACACUCAGCGUGGUUCUAGCCUCUGCUGUCCACAAGGACAUGGUCCUCAUGGUCAAAGAAGAGCAGGAACUGAGGGACAAAGUGAAGAAACUGGGCGUGUUGCAUUUUCAGGAGGCAAAGUAUGACCACCUCCAGGAUGAUGAGCGACAGUGUGCCAUAUGCAGGACCACCUGCUACCUUUCUGCUGUCACCUGUCCCUGCAGCCCUGGAGUCCUGGUCUGCCUGUACCACAUCAAUGGCCUCUGCUCCUGCCCGCUCUCCAACUACACUCUGAACUACAGGUACACGAUGGACGACCUUUUCCCAAUGAUGAACGCCGUGAAGCUACGAGCCGAGCUGUACGAUGAUUGGGCCUCCCGUGUCACAGAGACUCUGGAGGCCAAACUGGAAAAGAAGAAAGGUCUGCCCGUGUUUCGCUCUCUUCUCACUGAGUCAGAGUCCAAGCUGUUCCCGGACAGCGACCUGAUGCGGCGCCUGCGUCUGGUUCUGCAGGACGCAGAGAAGUGCGCCUCGGUGGCGCAGCAGCUACUGAAUGGGAAGAAGCAGACCAGGUAUCGAUGUGGAACGGGGAAGUCCCGCAGCCAGCUGACUGUGGAGGAGCUCAGCUCAUUUGUGAGGCAGCUGUAUAACCUCUCCUGCAGCCUCCCGCAGGCGCCCAUGCUGAAGGAACUCUUGAACCGUAUUGAAGACUUCCAGCAGCACAGUGAGAAGGUCCUGGCAGACGAAGCUCCCAGCGUUGCAGAGAUCCAGAGUCUGCUGGAUGUCAGUUUUGACUUUGACGUGGACCUGCCGGAGCUGCCACAGCUCAGACAGAGGCUGGAACAGGCGCGGUGGCUGGAGGGGGUGCAGCAGGCCAGCGCCCAGCCUGCCACCCUCACCCUGGAGGCCAUGAGGAGGCUCAUCGACCAGGGAGUCGGUCUGGCCCCUCAUUGGUCUGUGGAGAUGGCCAUGGCACGCCUUCAGGAACAGCUCACGCAGUCCGAGCACUGGGAGGACAAGGCGAGCAGCCUGCUGAAGGCCAGACCACCACACUCCAUCAAGACGCUCAGCGCUGCAGCUGAGAAGGCCUCAGGAAUCCCCGCCUACCUCCCAAACUGUCUGCUCCUCAAGGACACCAUCAGGAGAGCCCAAGAGUGGCUCCAAGAAGCUGAGGAGCUCCAGGUGAGGAUGUGUAUGAAGCAACAUGCCCAGGUGACUCCAAAGGCAACAGUACCGUAAUU